GGGGUAAGGGGGGGGUCUACACACGGUGUCAUAUGAGACUUAAGUCCAGCCUGUGCGAGGCGGGGCAGCCGGGCGGGUUCUGAUGAUGUAACAGUUAUGUCAUAACUACAUGCUUUCACUAGCUCUCUCUCUCUCUCUCUCUCUCUCACUCUCUCUCUCAUUGGUGCUUCCUGGACAUGUGACACAACACACUUCCCUUUACUACUAGGCACCAGUUUGGGUUGUGCCGUGUUUGUCUUUGGGUUGCGCGUGCGCACGCGUGCGGUGCGUGUGAAUGCCAGGCAGCGCUGGUGGAGGACUGUGUGAGUCACAGGGCCAGACAACGAAAGCCUCCGACAGGGUUGGAGUGACACUGUCUGCCAUGAACCUGGAGCGAUGGAAAGGAAUGGACAGAAAACAGGAGAGAGAAAGUUUGAGCGGAAAAAAGAGAGAGUGAAAGAGAGAUUACUCAAAUAAAUCCAGCCAAUGCGCAGAGUCCACAUGCUCAUUCAUAAUAAUAAAACGAUACUGUGCAGGAGCUGACAAGGAUCUCAACUGCAUGGAGGAGAGACGUGACGUCGGCCAUGUUUUUUUCCCCCCUUCUUUGUUGAUAAAUCUGAUUCCAGAUAGAGAGAAGGGCGGUCAGAGGGGUAGCAUGUGGAGUGAGCUAGCAAUGGUGGUGCUAAAGCUGAAGCAAUGGUGAGGGGAUAACGUUGGGAGAACAUUGGCGGGACAGAGUGACCGACCGGCCGGAUGGGAGGAGAGGGAAAGCAGGCAUGCCAUGGAGAAGGAGAGAGAGCGGAAUCACUUCUGUCCUCGUAGACGUCGGUGCAAAUGAUGUUGCCGUUUGUCGAUGUCUCUAGUAGCUCCAUGCCACUGCGGACGGUCUCUGUCAGGCGACAAGCCGCUCGAUCGCUGCUCCUCUGCUCCCUCGUCCUCCUCUUAUCCAUGGUCUCCUCUCUCGCUCGAGCCGAAGUCACACGAAUAAGACAACUUACUAGGUUGUCAUGUGUGUGUGUGUGUGUGUGUGUGUGUGUGUGUGACUGUUGCAUUUCUGUAGCUCAACAUCUCUCCUUAGUCUCCCCUCGAUGUUCCUCUCAUCUCUACUGUCCCUCUGGUUUCCUUUAUCCCUGUGUAUCUGUGUGUUACCAAACGGCCAUCGACGGCUGCUUGUGCAGAUCCCCAGCCUCCAGUCCUGUAGUCUUUGUCCUCCUCUCUCAAUCACAUUCAAUCCAUUUGCUCCCUCUUUCGCGUAUGUAUUAAUCAGGAGAUUAUAGGCGUUUAGAAACGAUUGAGUGUGAAACGUAUUGGCACCUUUUGAAAGUCCUCUCAAGCCAUCGCUGUCCUCUGGUAUGUGGGAGACUCGCUAUGCUUCGUCUCGCCUUUACAAGUCCUAGGCUGCUCUUCUUCCCCCGGCAUCACCUCACAUUGAGCGACACAUCAGCGGCCGGGGCAGGUAACAGACCUGUAAAGAAGUCGCUACUAUUAACGUUUUUUUCUUUCUCGGUAGACGACAGAGAGACGAACAGAGAGAUCGUCAGUGGCUUUGUAACGACCAACGGACUAUGACAGAAACAGAAAGAUGGACGUACAGCUUGUCUCUCAGGAGAAAGUCUGAGUCUGAAUCGGUUCGAGUUCAAACCACAUAUGGACAUUUUAAUGUUGUUGUUUUUUUCUUGUUGAUGUUCCAGCAAGUGCCGCUGAGAUUGGCGUUCGCCUGCAUCUAGUGGUUUCCAUCGCGUCCACAUGCUCAGAAACCGCUCCGCUCUUAGAUUACCCAAAUGACUAGACCUGACUAGAUAGACUAAAACACAUAACAUCAUGUUAUCCGAAACACACUGUUAUGUAUUCAAGGUGUUCCUAUUCAAUAAGGGAUUGUGCUGGUGGAGAGAGAGAGAGAGAGAGAGAGAGCUUUGCCUGGUAACAGCUCUCGCUCUCCUGCAAUGUGUUGCUGUUUCUAGGGCUGCCGCUAGCGUCCAUCCCCGAGCUCUCUCUUUCUCUCUCUGCUCACUGCACACUCCUCCAUUCCCUCGUACGUGCCCACUGUGCCUCAGAUAAUGGCCUCUCGCUCUGCACACACAGAAGAGAGAGGGGGAGGGAGAGUGAGCGAGAGAGAGAGAGGGGAAGGUGGGGGCUGCAAGUAGAACCAGACUGUGAGUGUAAGAGAAAGAAAAAGGAUAUUGAAAAGGGAAGGGAGGAGCAGAGAGAGGUAAUGAGAAAGGAAAAAGGAGAAAACAGAAAGUGACGGCUGUAAGAAGAGACAGAGAGCGGCCGUGAGUUCCAUGGGGGGAGGUGUGUGCGUGUGUGUGUACGUGCGUGUCGGUGCUUAUGUGCCGCAACAACAACAAAAAAGCCUCCACCACAUUGCUAGUGGCUCCCCUCCAUAGCACCACUAUUGCAUGCUCCCCUCCUCUCCCUGCUGUGUCUCUCCACUUCCACUGGCAGGACGUCUAGACCCAUACUGUUUCGGACACUGGUUCAGUGGAUGGCCCCAGAAGAGGAGGCCAGAUGGAAACUGGGUCACAUGACCGCCUCGAAGAAGGCGGUUCGUUGAGCCUGGAACCGACCAAUGGGGUGAGCCGGCAACCCAGUGACACCAAUGAAGAGGGUGGAGCCGGCCUGGACACCCAGAGGGAGCCCCAUCGGUCAGGUAGUGUUCCCUCAGGACAGGGUUGGGUACCUGGGCAGGGCAAAGCCCCUCAACCCCAGAAGCAGCUGCCCUGCAGUGGCUGGAGCAGUAGUGGUAGGACUCCUGGGAAGCCCGUCCAUGAGGCAGACAUGGAGGACGCACGCAAUCUGGUAGCCUUCUCAGCCAGCGUUAAUGUGGGCUCCCUGGCCCCCAUCCCCGAGGCCCAGUCCUACACCGCCCAGCUGUAUGAGAAGUUCAACCAGGAGAUGGGCACUGCUAAGGGGGUCGCGGCUCAAGCCAGGCUCCAAGCCCCAGAGGGAGGGGACCAGGCUAGCCCACCAGAGGACUUGAACACCCUGCAGACCACCCUGAAGACUGCCCUGAGCCAGGCGAGGCAUGGCCACAAGCCCCCAAACUGUGACUGUGAUGGGCCCGACUGCCCAGACUACUUGGAGUGGCUGGAAAAGAGGCUCAAACAGGCGGGGGCAGGGGAGGAGCAGGACAACAACACACCCUGUUCCAAGAUGGCCGCCGACACGCCGCCUCAUCAACAGCCACCACACUCACAACAGCCCCCUCACCCCCACCACCAUCCUCACCCCCAUGUCAAUGGAGGUAACCCGCCCUCCUGUCCACCCCUUCACCCACACCAACAGGGCCAACGCCCAGGCUCUGUCCCCUGCUCCCCUCAGGUCCUCUCCAUCGCCAAGGAGAAGAACGUCAGUCUGCAGACGGCCAUAGCUAUCGAGGCCCUGACCCAGCUGUCUGCCACCACCCCCCAGACUGUGGUCCCUCCUGCCCAGGCCUCCUCCACCAGCCACCAACAACCCCCUCUACACCCCCAGCACGGCAACCGCUUGCUCCCCUCCUCCCCCGGCCCCAUUUCCUCUUUGUCCUCCUCGCGGUCACAAUCUGUCCCCCCUGGACUGUACCCCCAGCAGAGCUCCGGGUCGUGGGAGCAGCAGCACAGACCCCAGUCCCAGGGUCAUCCGGCCCACGCCUCCCCUCUCCCGUCCUCCACUUUGCUUUUCCCCGGGCAGACCCAGGCAGGCAGCCCCCACCCUCAGCAGUGGCAGCAGCAGCAGGCCCCUGGGGGAAUCCAAGAGCAGAGGAACCGGUGGAUGAUGAUGUACUCAGACUCCCAGCAGUCUCACUUCGCCCCUCCAUCCGGAGGUCACAGCGUUGGCGACCCCAUGUCCGAGCUCAAACAGCUACUGGGGGACUCCAGCGGAAAGUACAUAAAUGACCCCUUCAAGCUGCCCGUCCCACACCACCACAUCAAGCAGGAACCAGGGAUGCCUCAGGUCAAGCAGGAGGUAAACUCUGGGGAGUACCAGAGCUCUGCCUGUGCCUACAUGGGCGGUCGCUACGGCCUGAUGAACGGCCAGCAGCAGCCUGGGUACCCUGGUCCACCUCUCUCCGCGGGCAGCACAGCCAUCCACUACUCCACCCAGACAGCCCUGCAGCAGCACCUUCACCACAAGAGGAACCUCUUCUCUAACCCCCCCGGCCCCCCAGGCCUCUGCCCUCCACGGCCUACCCAGGCCUGCCAGAACCUCCGCAAGUGGUGGCCCCAACAGAUGGGCCCCGAGGGCCACCUCAUCCCUGUGGCCAUCAAGCAGGAGCCCAAGGAGCCCAAGAGGAGGAAGAGCACGGUGGGGACAUCGCCGCUCCUCAAGCAGCCAGGGAUGCUGCACUAUCCAGGUCCAAAACCCAAGACGAUAGUCAUCAAGAAAACCAAGCAGAAGGCCUCCCUGCCAACCUUCCUGCCUCACAGCCAGAUCUCCAUACAAAAACCAUCUCCACUCACCAUGAUCGGAGCCCUGCCUCUGGCCAGCGCCCAUUCAGGUUCUCUCCCUUUCCCUACCUUCCCCCUCCUCAGUAACCCCACUCAGGCUGCUGCAGGCCUCCCAACCCCGGCCCAAUCUCAGGUAUCCAUUUUAAACUCUUCUAUUGCACGCUCUGUCACUGCUCCUGCCUUCUCUGUAAACAGUCCAGCCGUCUCAACCCCUCUGCCUCUCCCUGCAGCCCCGGACGCCCCGGCUAGCUCAGGGGAGGCCGGCGCCACACAGACCUCCACCACCUCUCAGUCCAUACCAGGCCUCAGCUCCCUGGACCCCAAGUUUGAGGAGCUGAUCCUCCAGUUCGAGGCAGAGUUCGGGGACAGUUCAUCCUCGGCCCCAGUGCCCUGCCCUCCUCAGAUCCAGCCUCAGGACCAGUCCCCCUCAGCCUCAGCCCAGCCCAACAUUACCUCAGGACAAGCCAGGACCAUGUCACCGUCCAGCACCGCCACCCAGUCCUGCAGCCCUACUCCCUUAGCUUCUACCACAGCCCCACCAGCAGACCAGGACAUGGAGGUGGACAAGGAGAAUGUGACAAGGGGUGUGAGUGAAGCAUCCUACACCUCUGCCACACAGCCCUCCAUUGAGAGCCCCAUGGAGGAGCAGCCCGAGGGGGCCCAGUUGCCUCUCUCGCUGCGCCAAGAGGUCCAUCUGGAGCAACAGCAGCACCGCGUCCUUGAAGACCCCUUCACCGUGCCUCUCUCCCCCUCCACGUCCCCGCUGCCCAAACACAUGAAGAUCGAGACGAAUGGGAACGUGGCUGUCCUCUCCACCACGGGAUCAUUCUCUGAGGGGGGCGAGGACGACACCCCCACUAAGGACGGCUUCCCCCUCAACCCCUCCCUAAAAGGCUUCCUGGAGUCGCCGCUACGCUACCUGGACACGCCCACUAAAAGCCUGCUAGACAUGCCCGCCAAGGACCUCCAGGCUGAGUUCCCCACCUGCGACUGUGUCGAGCAAAUCUUAGAGAAGGAUGAGGGUCCGUACUACAAUCACUUGGGCUCUGGGCCCACUGUGGCCUCCAUACGAGACCUGAUGGAGACCAGGUAUGGAGAGAAGGGAGAUGCUAUCCGUAUUGAAAAGGUAGUCUACACCGGCCGGGAAGGCAAGAGCUCUCAGGGAUGUCCCAUCGCCAAGUGGGUGAUUCGUCGGGGCAGUGAUACAGAGAAGUUGCUUUGUCUGGUGCGUCCCCGGGCGGGGCACCACUGUCCCAACGCCUUCAUCAUCAUCCUCAUCAUGGCGUGGGAGGGCGUGCCCCGGGCGCUAGGCGACAAGCUCUAUCGAGAGCUCUCCGCCACCCUCACACAGUUCGGCAACCCCACUAGCCGCCGCUGUGGACUCAACGACGAUCGUACGUGCGCGUGCCAAGGCAAGGACCCCGACAGCUGUGGAGCUUCCUUCUCCUUCGGCUGUUCCUGGAGCAUGUACUUCAACGGCUGCAAGUACGCCCGCAGCAAAACACCACGCAAGUUCAGACUAGCAGGAGACCACCCCCAAGAGGAGGAUCAACUCAGGGAUAACUUCCAGGAUCUGGCCACUGAGGUGGCUCCCCUGUACAAGCAGCUGGCCCCACAGGCCUACAGUAACCAGUGUCAGAAUGAGACGAAAGCCACAGACUGCAGGUUGGGUCUGAAGGAAGGCCGGCCGUUCUCCGGAGUCACCGCCUGUAUGGACUUCUGUGCCCAUGCCCACAAGGACCAGCACAACCUCUACAACGGCUGCACUGUGGUGUGCACUCUGACGAAAGAGGACAACCGUACGGUGGGGGAGAUCCCAGAGGACGAGCAGCUCCACGUACUUCCCCUCUACAAGGCCGCCCUCACAGACGAGUUCGGCAGCGAGGAGGGCCAGCGUCAAAAGAUGCGUACAGGCGCCAUUCAGGUGCUCAACAACUUCCGCCGCGAGGUCCGCAAGCUGCCCGAGCGCGCCAAGUCCUGCCGCCAGCGCCGCCUGGACGCUAAGAACCGUGCCUCCGAGAAGAAGAAGGGCAAGCAGCAGCCGCCAACGCCCACAGAGACGCCGGAGAAACCCGGGAUCAAGAUGGAGGUCCGGCACGCUGGCUCCCCUGUCAGACAGAAUGGCAAUAAAGCCAUCCCUAAGCAGGAGGUGAAGCCCACCAUAAAGAAGGAGCCAGUGGACCAGCGCUUCCAGCCCUUCCAUGGUCAGCUGGAGGGCUACCCUGCCCAGGCUGCCGACCCCUACCACAUCUACCCCUCCCGCCCUGGCUACUACGCACGGGGAGGCCUCUCUUCCAAUGGCCAGCCCCCUGCACUUCCACCUCCACCAGGCCCUGUCAAUGGCUACCGACCUAAUCUACCGGCAGCACUGCCCUAUAGCUACUACACCUACCCCCCCAACCCUAGCACACUUUUCCCCCAUGAGCUCACUUACGAGGGCUGCAACGGCUCCUGGCACCACAUGGGGCCCAAGUUUUCCCCCAGUCCUGUGGACAAGAAGCCAGACGUUCAGAGCCUCCAGGCCAGGCUGGCUCACUCCUACUCGAGCCCAGGCCUCCUUGAGCAGCAGCAGCACGGAGACCCAGCCAACCAACACCAACGCAGCACUUACCCACACCCUCACCAGCCUGACUACAACCAAUCACGUCCCUCCUCAGCCUCUUCAGAGCCCUCCCACAGAGGGACCCCCAUCAUCAAGCAGGAGCCCAUGGAUAUGCCAGUUUAUAAGGAGGUCAAUGCCCAGAGCUGUCCCAGCAUGCCCAGCACCACCCUUCAGCCUGGUGCUGCUGGAGGGCCCUGGCAUGGGCACAAGCCCAACGGCAUUAGGGUGCCCAGCAGUUGGGAAGGCAACCUCCAACCACCAGGCCCCCCAGAGGCUCCCUUCACUUCAGACAAGCAGCAGUUUCACCAGCACGGACCUCACCAGACUUUCCAGUCCCCAUACCUCCAAGAACAGCAUCAGCAUCCCCCACAACAGCCCUCCCCAUACUCCCAGCAGUGGAACUCUUACCAUGGCCCAAACACCCCCACGGCCUCCCCUGCUCCCUCCCCGUCCCCCUCCAUAAAGAUACCCCCGUCCCCCUUUCCCUCCUCACACCCCGGCACCCCCCACCACUGGGACAGCCCUGAUUCCAGCCCUCAGCCUAAGGCUUGGCCCAUGGGCAUGGUUCCUGCUGGUUAUAGCCCCAGUCCCGUCGGAGGCUUCCCCGACAAGAUGUGGUCCAAGGCGGGCGAGAGUUGGGGCUCGACCCCCUUGGGGCUCCAGGAGAAGGCCUGGAAGUCUUCCGGAGGCUCUAUGGCAGGUACACCGUCUCCGGCCCCAGAGGGACGCUUGUUCCCCGAUGCCCUACAGCAGUCGGAUGGACAGUCCCAGGCUGAGACUCCUCGCAACCUCGAGGAGGAAGAGCGGUGGUCGGACAGCGAGCAUAACUUCUUGGACCCCAGCAUCGGAGGGGUGGCAGUGGCGCCCGCCCACGGGUCCAUCCUGAUUGAGUGCGCCCGGCGUGAGCUGCACGCCACCACACCGCUCAAGAGGCCCGACCGCUCUCACCCCACCCGCAUCUCCCUAGUGUUCUACCAGCACAAGAACAUGAACCAGCCGUGCCACGGCCAGUGGAUCUGGGAGGCCAAGAUGAAGAUGCUGGCGGAGCGGGCUAGAGAGAGGCAGCAGGAGGCAGCUCUACUGGGGCUGCCCUACGACGACAUCAAACCUGGGAAGAAACGCAAAUUGGGGGCCACGGCAGCAGGGGCCAGCCCGGGGCCUGGCCAGACCACGGACAAGAGAGAGGGGCCGGUGACACGGCUGGCCUCCACGCGACACACCACCUCUACCAUCACUGUAUCCCCCUACGCCUUUACCACCCUCACCGGGCCCUACAGCCACUUUGUGUGAGGAUGGAUGGACACACAGACUGGUGGAGGGAGAGAGGGCUGAGCAGGCCAGGGAGGAGUGUCUCAGCCCUUCCUUUAGUCCCGUGUCUCUCUCCAUCCUUCUCUUCCUGCUCUGUUUCCUCUGGGCUGGAAGGAGGGGGACUACUGGUUUAACUCCUCGUUUUGUUUUUGUACCUCAUGUCAGGCAGCAGUUUGGACCAGACCCUGGGCCAUACAGACACGCUGCCUGUGGUGCUCGUCCUCUUUCCUCCGCGGGGGGGACUCCAUCGCUUCUUCUUCUUCUUCAUAGAAUUUUAAUGAUCCUCCUAAUUAUUACUAUUAUUAUCAACAUUAUUACGAUUGCUAUUGUUACUGUCAAUGUUGUUAUUACAGGUAUUGUUAUUUUUAUGAUGCUGAGUUGAUUUGUUUAUUUUGUUUGAUAUGGUUGUUUUGUCAUUCAUGUUGUUAUUAAUGAUGUGAUUGGUUUAGGUUUUUCCCCGAGGGGUUCUGUCUCUCAGUCAGAUCUUUAUUUUUUCCCAUAUUUCUGGAAAUCUGCCCAUUUCUUUGUUGUUUUUCCUUAGGCCUUUGACAUUCUUGUGACUGUACUUGGAGAAUGGCCUUUCUCAGCACUGCAAGGCUCCUCAAGACAGUCUUUCCAGCAUGGAAUUCAAAACAUUUUCAUUACCAAAAGAGUGAAGAGAAACGCCACUACCCACAGAAACUUCUCUGAACCAUCCGGUUUUUAGCAACGUCCCCAAACUCUUUAAAAAAAAACUCCUGUCUUGUCUGCCUUGCUGUGAAGAGAAGGGUUCUUCUCUCGUCAUUGUUCCUCUCACCCUACCAAUCCACCUCACUCUAUUGGUGCUUCAUGUUGACCUUCAUCCUUUUCACAGGGAGGAUAUCAGCCACUCCAUUUCUCUACUCUUCAUGGCACUAGAUGCUGAAUAUAAGGAAUUGGGUGCUUCUAUGGCAUAGACGUAGAGUGAGUAGAACAACAGGCACUGGAAGUCCUCGUCAUCCUUCAGGUGUUGGUUGAGAGAUCUAUCCCUCCAGUUCUAUGACUCCCCUGUAAGCCCCUGUAAAAUGGUGCACUGAUACACACAGACACACGCACACACACAAAGCUCUUGUCAUCCAGCCAGCACAGAGCAAUGCCUUACUGCUUUAAACCACCGAGGCAUGGCCGCCAAAGUCUGGUCCUUCCAACGACCGCAGGCAGCACAGGCCACGCAAGGCCUUAACACUGAAACCGGAGACAUAAGAUGGGAAUAGUGUGUGGACAGAAAUGCACUCCUUAACACACACUGGUGCUUUCUCUACACAUGUCGACACACCAAGGGCUCAGUCAGUCAGUCCUGCUUCUGCAUGGUGCUGUUUGUUGUCUUGAAGCAGAGCUAGGUUUGUCUCUAUGCAUACAUUGUCACAACAGAGCCAGUAAAACCUUAUUCACCAAUCCUGGCUGCCUCUGCAUUGGCCCUAAGUCAUCAAGUUGCAGUCAGUGGGUUGAACCCCAGCUGUCUCUAUCUAAUGUGCACCACAGUGGACUGAGGUUGUGAAUCUUUUUUCCACAUCUUGCACUAAGAUCCUCCUCAGCCUGUUAGAGGCCUCUCACUCAGUGCAGUGCAAUGCUGCAUGUUGUAUCCAGCUCUUAGCUUUUGUGUGUGUGUGUGUGUGUGUGUGUGUGUGUGUGUGUGUGUGUGUGUGUGUGUGUGUGUGUGUGUGUGUGUGUGUGUGUGUGUGUGUGUGUGCGUAAGUGUGUGUUUGUGUGCGCGUGUGUGUGUGUGUGCGUAAGUGUGUGUUUGUGUGCGCGUGUGUGUGUGUGUGUGCGUGCGUGCGUGUGUGUUUGUGUGCGCGUGUGUGUGUGUGUGUGUGUGUGUGUGCGUGUGUGCGUAAGUGUGUGUGUGUGUGCGAGAACCAGAGCCUGCUUGGUGCUCACUUCUGAGAUGAAAAACCCUGGUGCUUAUGAAGUUGUCGAUAUAGAGCUCUCUAUACCUCAACGUUGCAGAGACACUGGUCAUGGUUGCAAAAAGCUAGGAACACACACACACAGGCACCAGAGAGGACAGAGAAACAUGAUGAACAUUAGUCCACAGCUUCCCUGUGUGCUCUCUUAUCUAAACUCAUUUUAAUCCACUUUUUUAUUCUUAUUUAUUACAUGAUAAUGAUGAUUGUUUUUCGUUUUUUUUAAUAGGUAAUACAAAUUGUACAUACAGAAGAAAAGAUUUUAUAAAAGCACUUUUAAUCUUGAAAAAAAUAACAGAUUAUUGACAACUUGAAGCUUCGUUUUUUUGGUUUGUGUUUUUUUGGGGGGGAGAUAAAAAAAAAAUGUAAAUAUUUAAAAUAUUUAGGUAAGAUUAUUUAACUGGUGAGGGAUAAUGACUAAAUCAUGAAUGAUUCCAGGCUUUUAAGUCCAGUCAGUUUGUCAGACAGCCUUCAGCAGCAGAAAGCAACACAGUGAUUUCCAAUAUGUUGUUGUGUCUGUAGAUGUAUACUCAAUACUGCUGUCCGGAUUUCAUUAGUACUGUACUACACGAUACCUCUGACAGCAACCAACCAGUCCCCCUUCGUGAGAAGAGAUAGACCUAAUCAGUAAUCAGGCUGCUUAUAAACCUGAGUAUGAUAUCUAGCUAUCCGUUCUGAGAACCAAUGCUAAACGAAGGGCUCUGUAAUCAAUCCGUAUCGCAGGAAUUCAGUGGUAAAAGCCCAAUUGAAAUUUAAACGCAACGGUCUGGUGUUGGAAGAGACGGCAUUCCCGCUAAAUGCAUCACAUGUCGGCGCAAUCGGAAAUGACUACGUUUCUAUCACGAAAUCUAUUAACGCUUCAACGAUACGGAUUGAACAGAGCUCAAUUUAUUUUUUAUUUUUUUUAAACAAGAGAAUCAAACAGGUGCAGAAUCAAACUCAUCAGAAAUGUGUGAGAGAACUCUAGUGACAGAGGUGAGGUGUAGCCCCAGCCAUCGAUCUUGUUCAUUGUGUUAGACUAUGAGGUGAGAGGUUGCCACCGCCGUAACUCAUUUUUAAUGUGGUUGUUGGUUAUUAUUAUCAACGAUAGUGAUUAUAACAGUAGUAAACGAUGUAACCCUAAUGAAAAACCAUGACAACUUAACACUUGUAGUACCAGACUGAAGGUACAGUUUAUUACUGGAAGACACCAGGUAAUACCUGGUAGUAUAGUUUGUAAUAUUGUCUUUUGUUAAUUGUCAUAGAUUGUCACAGACAUGACCAACAGGACUUUGACUAAUUUAGGGACUGGGCUGGAAAAUAUGCCUGUUUCUUUGUCUCACAACUACUCAUGAUCCUGUUUCAACUGUAUUCUAUUCUCACUUUAAGAACAAACUCCCCCCUUUAAAAAAAACGACAAUGCAUGAGUCACACACAGUUAUAAUGAUUCAGUCAUAUUUAUGAUCCAUAUGUAAUAAUGGGUGCCGGUCGUUAAAUUCUUCAAAUGAAUUUUGUACAUUUCUAUACAAGAUGUGAUGGAAAUAACAGAAACAUACUCAAAGGAGGCUGGUGCUAUGGGUCCCCCUCCCCCGUGGAAUAGUGUGUGUGUGUUAUAUCACUGAUAUUUUUUAGAGCUCUUAGAAUGAUAAGAGGAACUAUUAUUUUAAAUAUGUCAGUUCCAGUGGAUGGGGAACUGCUCCGGUGCUGAUCUUAUGGGAACGUCCCAUUCAUGUUCAAGGCAGUGAACAAAACAAAAAAAAGACAACUGUUGAAUUGAAGCACUCACACAUUUCAUACAUACACUUUUAUUCAUCCUUGUCCCCAUAAGGUACUUUUAACUGGUAUGGGGAUGGAAUGAUCAUAUUAUAUUGAAGUGAACAGACUGUUAUCUUCAUUGAAAACUUGUUGCAGUGUAUGUGCGGAAGCUAUUCUAUUAAACAUUACUGUUUUGGGUAUGUUGUACAUUUUAAUGGUGAGGGGAGAAUGUUAAAAUAUUGGAACAAUAUUGGAACAAUUGUGUACUCCCACGCUAUUUCUCUCCCUCAUGCACUUAUUUUCUUACGUACUUAUACACUCACUAACUGCUUAUACAUCUCACAUAUUUCCUCACCUACUUUCCAGCUCUCUCUCUCUAUCCUUUUCUCCAUCUCUCCCUCACCCCCCCCCCUCUCUCCCUCCCCCCCUCUCUGUCCCCCUUUCUCAUAAACACACACACAAAUAUUAUCACAAUUUAUACCCUCCUCUCAGUUCUCAAGCUUAAAUCCUGCCCCAAAUAAACGGAAA